AUGCCGAAUACUUUCAGCCCUAACUUCCCUGCUACCACUGAUCAGUUCGUGGGAUUUGUUGUUUUCUGGUUCAUAUCGACACCUUUCUUGUGGCUGCGACCGGAGAAGUUCAAGAUACCGUUCCUCAUAGUCUGCCUCUGGUGCGGCAUCGGAAUGUUGGCAUGGAUGAUCUGGGCAGUGACAACUGCUAAAGGUGUAGGCCCUCUAUGGGAUGCUGGCGAAAACAUUCCCUCGGGUUCUGCUUGGGGUACCUCGUGGCUCAUCAUGGCUGGCAUCAAUCAGACCCUUGGUGGCAUUGCUGCGGGCAUCACAAAUGGCAGCGACUUCUCCCGCUAUUCACGUGGAAGAACGCCCUACAUGGUCGGCACUAUCACUAGCUGUGUGAUCACCAGCGUCAUCGUCUCCCUGGUUGGUCUUGUUACAACUGCGUCGGGACAAAAGUUGUAUGGGGAGAUCUAUUGGAACCCACCGGAUCUACUCAUGCGCAUGAUGGACAACGGUAACGGCUCAUCGAAGGCACGCGCGGGGGUAUUCUUCCUGGCUGCAGGUUUCGCAUUUACCGCAAUGUUCGAGAACAUUUGCGGAAACGCUGUCUCUGGUGGUAUCGAUCUUGCUGGCCUUUUUCCACGUUACAUCAACAUACGACGUGGUGCCAUCAUUACGUUUGUGGCGGCAUGGGUCGUUCAACCCUGGCAGCUCAUCAACCGUGCCACUACAUUUAUCGCCGUACUGUCUUCCUUCUCGGUCUUUCUAGCACCAAUCAUCGGCAUAAUGGCAUGCGACUACUUCCUCUUGCGAAAGAGAAGGAUCCGCUUGAGAUUCUUCAUCAGCGCUUUCGUCUUCUACGUCCUCAACAAGAUCUUGCCGGUUCUAGACAUGGACCAGAUCGAUCCUAUCGAUCUAUAUGGUACCUUCACAGAAGCGGAGGCAAAGCGAGCUGGUGUAGUUCCGCUAGACGACAGCCCUAUUCUGAGAGGGGUAUCUGGGGGAAGAUCGACCGAGCAUGUUGUCAUUCAUGCAGAGAAGGAUGUCCUAGCCACGCCGCAAUACUGCAUAAACAUCGCCCAAAGAGCUAUCGAGGACUUAUAG